AUGAAUUAUCAACGAUACUGGUAUCGAUAUAGAUCAAAGAUUAUUUGUUUAUGUACCAUAUUUAUAAUAUUUUACAUAUCUUAUACAUCUUUACAUCAUGUUACCAAAAGAAGAUUCACAUUUAAAAAUGGUUUUGAACAGGAUUAUAUUCAAGAGGAAGUAAAUAAAUAUCUUCAAAUAAAAAAUGAAUAUCAAUUAACUGGUAUUAUACUUCAUUGGAAACGUUUAACUGGUGUUCAACAACUUCUAAGAACAAUGCUAGAUUUUGAUGAUAUGUUUUCAAAUAUAAUUAUUUGGAAUAAUAAUCCAACUAUAAACUUAACUUUUCAAGAUUUAUCAAUUGAUUCUAAUGAUCGUGUUAUAAUAUUUAAUUCAGAUGUUAAUAUAAAAGAUCUAGCAAAAUAUCGUGGAUGUGCAUUAGCUAAAACAAAAGCUUGCUUUUAUGCUGAUGAUGACUGGGAUGUAAGAUUGUAUGCAAGAAGUUUAUAUUCACAUUUUCUUCUUGAACCAACCAUACUUCAUGCAAUAACAGAUCAAUUUACUUAUUUUACUAAUUUAAUGUGGUCAUUUUUCGAUGAAACCAUUGAUUUACAUACUGGUUUUAGUUGGAUUGGUUGUGGAUCGAUUUUUUCGCGUGAGAAUGCUAUUCGACAUCUCGAAUACUUAGAUUAUUUUCUCGAUAAUGAUGAGCAUCGAGAUAUGAUGCCACAAGGUGAUCAAUUUUUUUCUAUUUGGAUGAAUCAACUUCCCGCUCAAUUCAAUGGACGUAUGCUUCAUUCUGAUGAAGGUGCUUCAUCAUCAUUUGAAAAUUUUGAUUUUGAAAGCGUACAAUAUAAAGCAUCAGUUUUAUCUAUUCAAAUUCUUGAACGAUCUCUUCGUUCUUCUCAAAAUUCCGAAUUAUUUGAACGAAAACGUGCAUCAAAUACUUUAGUUACAUACACAAAAUCUCCCUGUUCAUAUAAUGAUAAAUUUAUAUUUUUUACUAGUUGUUUACCAAUUGAUAAUCUCAAACAAAUACCAUUUAAUAUAACAACUGACAUUAACCGUGGUACACGAGCAAAUUUACCUAAUAUGCCGAAUUGUCCAUAUAAAGAUGUUCAUACAUUUUUUGAAGCUUUUAAUACAGCUAAUGCUGUUGAUAAUGAUAAUAAAACAUGUUGGAAAACACAUCGUUAUAUAAAAUCGGGAGAUUUCUAUGGUAUUGAUUUUCAAACAAUACAAUUAAAUCGUAAUCUAUCAUUUUCAAUUAAAUAUUCACAUAAAAAGUCGUUACAAAAAAGAUUAGAAAUAUCAAUAUCACUUGAUAGUUAUACAUGGAUUUCACUUCCUCAACAAAAUCAAUCAGGAAUUAUCUAUAGAAAACAUUCAAAAUUAGUUAUUUUUCAUACAAAUUUAUUUCCAUAUGGUUUUCAAGUAUUUCGUUUUAUUCGAUUUAUGUCAUUAAUAGAUGAAGAACGUGUUUUUCGUAUUUGUGAAGUACGUUUAAUUGAUUAA